GGCCCCACUCAUGUAACCGUAUUUCAACCAAAUUUACAAUUUCACCCUUCCCCAACUCCUUUAUAAUGCCUUCCUUUUCUUCGAACACAAGCACCUUCUUUCUCUCUUCUCAGGCAAAAACAUCCCAAAGCUCUUUCAAAAUCCUUAAACCACCCAAAAAAGGAAAGACAAUGGCAAAAGGCAGCAACAAGCUAACGAAGCUUAAGUCAGUUCUCAAGAAGCUGAACUCAUUCAACAACAAGCAAAGCCGCCCGACAUCUAGCUCCGUUGUGGCGGCUUCGGAAAUCGACGAGGAAUCAUCGGCCAAUCUCCAGCCUGUCUACGUGGGAAAAUCUCGGAGACGGUACCUUAUUAGCUCCGACAUUAUCGAUAACCCUUUGUUCCGCGAACUCGCGGAACGGUCGGGCGAAAACGACACUGUCAUCAACGUGUCCUGCGAGGUUGUCUUGUUCGAACACUUGCUUUGGAUGCUCGAAAACGCUGAUCCUCAGCCUGAGUCUUUGGAGGAGCUUGUCGAGUUUUACGCUUGUUGAUUGGUUUUAUGAGAUCAAAAGAAAUGAUCCCGUGUGGUCAUUCGCAUGGUACCGAAGUUGUACAUUAUGUAAUGAUAAUAAUUUGAUUAGGCAGUGUAGAGGAAACAAGAAAUGAUUGUGGAGAGAACUAAAAGGGACUGCGCUGAUGAAAAAUCAGAAGAAGAUCAGAGAGAGUUAAUUUCAAUGGUGAGGAUCUAACCGAGUUCACGCCGGCUAAUCUGUAAGCCUGGUGGGGGAUUUAUAUAUGUGUAUCAUUGAUUGUUCAUUGUCAUAUUUUUUUCUUAUAAAAUUAUAUAAGAGAUUAAUGUUCGUUUUUCUUAUAAUA